CCUCUCUCCGCUGCCUCUGUCUCCACAGCUCCUUUUUCCCAAAGAAAAGAAGACGAGAACUAGGUCCGGGGAGGAGGGCCGCCGCCAUUAUCGGAAAGCUGGCAGAAAUACCACUUUCACACACGCAAUCUGCUCAUAAAUUCACCAGGACAUGAACAAUCUCUGUUGCAGCAGGAGCACAUUUGAGACGAAACGCCACGGCGAUUGCAACAAACUCAACGUUGUCUCGUGUGCGCCACCGGCCCAGCAUUAUGUGGGCACAACAAUGGACAGAAUAAUUAUUGAAAAGGCAACGUGGUGAACCGAGGGAGAAGACGGCUAUGCAGAUUUAAUACGCCUGGAAAUCCUAAUGAGGAGAGACCCUUGCAAUAACAAAAUUGGAUUGUUCUUUCAUCUGGGAUAUUUAUUUCUUCAUUCGCCGUGUUUAAAUGCGAAGAAAACAGCGGCGCUGAACAGUAGAUUCAAGGCACGGACAAUGGAUAUUUAAAUGAAAUUACCUCAUUGCACACGCUGUUUUAUUAUCAGUAUUAUCUGAAGUGAGACGAUCCAUAGUGUGUUCUGCGGCUUUAUGCAACUGCACAUCAGGCGGCGAGGGCUGCGGCAAGAGCUGGCCUGACAGAUGCAAGAGGAGAAAGGGAGAAAUGCGAUGGAUCUGAUUCGUACAAGGAAUACAUGAAGGACUCUACUCGUAUAACUGGACUGCUAUUUAUUAAAUUGAAGGCCAGCAGAAGAAAGUGAAAUCUGAUCUCCUUUGGAUCAGCAGCUUUAUGGACAAACAUUCAAGUGAACUCCUUUACACAGUGCCUGUUUAUGGCAGGAUGAGCUUCAGCAGGCUAUGAUGGCGAAAAAGCAAGAUGCCCGAUCGCCCAUUUACAACCUCAUUGUGGUGGGUUUGUCAGGAACUGAAAAAGAAAAGGGGCAAUGUGGGGUUGGAAAGUCCUGCUUGUGUAAUAGGUAUGUGCGGCCCAGUGCUGAUGACUUCUAUCUUGACCACACAUCAGUGUUGAGCACCAGUGACUUUGGGGGUCGAGUGGUUAAUAAUGAUCACUUUCUGUUUUGGGGAGAGGUGUCACGGGUUCUGGAGGAGGGGCCUGAGUGCAGGAUGCAUGUUGUGGAGCAAACUGAAUUCAUUGAUGACCAGACAUUUCAGCCACACCGUAGUACUGCUAUGCAGCCCUAUAUCAAACGGGCUGCUGGAACCAAGCUGGCCUCAGCAGAGAAGCUCAUGUACUUCUGUACAGAUCAGCUGGGCCUGGAGCAAGACUUCGAGCAGAAACAAAUGCCUGAGGGCAAGCUGCAGGUCGAUGGCUUCCUGCUUUGUGUUGAUGUCAGCCGGGGCAUGAACCGAAAUUUUGACGACCAGCUGAAAUUUGUCACAAACCUGUACGGUCAGCUCAGCAAGACUAAGAAGCCCAUUGUUCUGGUCCUCACCAAAUGUGACGAAGGAGUUGAACGCUACAUCAAAGAUGCACAUACAUUUGCUAUCACGAAAAAGAGUCUGCCAGUAGUUGAGACAUCUGCACGUUCAAAUAUAAACGUCGACCUUGCUUUCCUCACUUUGGUUCAGCUUAUUGAUAAGAGCAGGGGGAAGCCCAAGAUCAUUCCUUAUUUUGAAGCCCUGAAACUACAAAGUCAGCAGAUAGCGUCAGCCAAGGAUCGCUAUGAAUGGCUAAUUAACCGUAUAGUAAAGAACCACAACGAAACCUGGAUAAACACUAGUCGACGCAUGAACACCUCACCAGAGUACAAAGAAUAUGUUUUCUUGGAGGGAACAGCAAAAUGCAAGAAGCUUUUUCAACAGCAUGUCUACCGUCUGAAGCAGGAACAUAUUGAGAGGCGUCGCAAAAUAUACCUAAGCACUCUUCCCUUAGCACUUAGUUCUCUGGUGCCUGACCUGGAUGAGAUAGAUCAGCUGAGCUGGUCUGGAGUGCAGAAGGUCCUGGAGUCCAAGCAGCACUUUGCCCACUGGUUUGUUGUUCUGGAAGACUCGCCAUGGGAGGAUACAUCUCACAUUGAUAACAUGGAAGAUGAGAGAAUCCCUUCAGACCUACUGGAGACUGGUGAAGCAGAGGAUAUAUUCAAUGCACACCUGGAACAUCUGCGUAAUGAGUGCAGACGUGCAGAGAUGAGGCUGGAGUUUAAACAGAAGUUGGCCUCCUCUCCCUUUGUCACACCUGGUAAACCAUGGGAGGAGGCCCGCAGCUUUAUCAUGAAUGAAGAGUUCUAUCAGUGGCUUGAGGAGCCAGAGUACUUGGACCUGUACAACAGGCAUCAGAAAGAGAUAAUUGACCGUGCUAAAGAAGACUUCCAGGAGCUCCUACUGGAGUACUCUGAGCUGUUCUAUGAGCUUGAGGUGGAUGCCAAGCCCAGCAAGGAAAAAAUGGGGGCAAUCCAGGAGGUUUUAGGGGAGGAACAGCGAUUCAAGGCGCUGCAGAAGCUUCCAGCUGAAAGAGAUGCUUUGGUUUUGAAGCAUAUCCACUUUGUCUAUCACCCUACCAAGGAGACCUGCCCUAGCAGUCCUCACUGUGGAGACUCCAAGAUUGAACAAAUAUUAGCUUCACGUUUCCCCACUUGUUACCCUUUUUUUGAUUUGAAAGCUCAUUUUGGAGACAACAAGGCUGACAGGAUUAACCUUGUCAUACUUGGGAAGGAUGGACUGGCCAGAGAAUUCGCCAACGAGAUUAGGGCUCUCUGCACAAAUGAUGACUGGUAUGUGUUAGACGGGAAGAUGUAUGAACUGACACUGCGUCCAAUCGAAGGAAAUGUACGCCUUCCAGUAAACUCUUUCCACACCCCCACUUUCACCCCUCAUGGAUGUCUGUGUCUGUACAACUCAAAAGAGUCUCUCUCCUAUGUGAUCGAAAGCCUUGAGCGACUAAGGGAAUCAACUUUAAGUCGAAGGGAUAGCCAGCUAGCACAGCUGCCAACAUCUCUGCUCUUGGUCACUAAAAGGGGUGUAGGGUCAUAUGUGGACAUAGGUGGAGAAACUGCCUUAAACCUAAUUACACAGGGACACCAAGUUGCAAGGAGACUACAGUGUAGCUUUUUAGACCCAGCCUCCCCUGGUGUGGGCUAUGGCCAUAAUGUCAACGAGACUCAAAUCAACCAGGUGCUGAGGGGCCUAUUGGAUAUCAGAAGGAGCACAUCUUUUAGUAGCAGCUCUCCACCCCUCCUGCCUGAGCCUCCAGGUCUGAGAGACUCUCCUCAUCAGCCGGCCCCUGAUGCAGACCUUCGCAUUGUCAUGUGCUUAAUGUGCGGAGAUUCCUACGACAUCGAGCAGCUCCUGUCCCCUUUCCUAAUGCAUCAACAUUGCAGGCCUAUGUCCAAUAGUGGCACCUCUGUAUUGCUAGAACAGACAGUUGGUGGACACAAGCUGGCAAUAGAGCUCUCUCUGCUUUCGUACCACGCCUCCUUCACUUUGCGGAAGAGCAGGUUAGUACACGGCUACUUUGCUGUGUACUCUGUCUCACGAAAAGCCUCCCUGGAGACCCUCUGUGCCUUCUUGUGUGAGGUUCAGGACAUCAUCCCAGUUCAGCUGUUGGCAGUGGGAGAUAGCCAAGCAGAGCUCACCGACAGCGACUAUGCCUGUGAACAGCUGAUUCAAGGGGAGGAGCUUGCCCAUGAGAUUGAGGGUCGUUUCAAUAGUCUGAUCUGUGGAUCUGGGGGAGUGGUUGGAGGCAUGCACAGGAUAGAAAUGUUCCAUUCUUUCUUGAUGGAGGUGGUUGAGAAACGCAACAUUGUUGAGGCCACGCACAUGUACGAUAAUGUCGCUGAAGCAUGCACCAAUGAAAAUGUGUACUCCCCGCGCUGCAGUUCUCCCAGUCCUGUCACCAUGUUUCUGGAUUCAGAGGAUGAUGUAGAGCCAUCACCACCGUACUAUGACGGCACACUCUCUUCUCAUAGUGGAGGCUACAACCUGCCUGACUUAGAUUCCAGUGACAUCUCUGUCAUUUCUGACAUCAGAGACUUUGAAAACAAACUUAACAACAAGGUACCCCCCCAAGUGAGAGUGAAACCAGGAGUCACUUUUGACUUCCGGAAGGUGAGCCGUAACCCAUACAUUGAUACGCUAGGACACCGGCGCUCCCUGCCCUCUGCUGUUACCUGGGUUCCUGGUGGGGAUGUGGGCUAUGAUCCCUCAGACUAUGCUGAACCCAUUGAUGCUGUUUCAAAACCCCGCCCAAGCAACGAAGAGAUCAUCUACUCGGUUCCACAUGACAGUACACAAGGAAAAAUCAUCACGAUCCGUAACUCCAACCGGAUGCACUCCAAUGGAAAUGGCUCAGACAGCGAAGCAGACAGUAGCUCUCUGGAGAGAAGGAGGAAGUUCUCAGCAGCAGGGGUAAAGCCUCGUCUUUAUCGUGACCGCUCCAAGCGGCUUGGCAAAUUCAGCAGUUUCCGUACAAGCUUUAUAGGCAGUGAUGAUGAGAUGGGAGCCCUUCAGAAGUCCAAGGAAGAUGACUAUGGGACACUCAAAGGUGAAAGUCUUGUUAAUGAGGAGAUUGAAGACCCAAAAAAGAGGAAUAUCCUGAAGAGCCUGCGACGGACAGCCAAGAAAACAAGACCCAAGGCCCGUCCAGCUAUUCCCAAGCCCAUGGAGAGCAGUUACUUUGGAGUCCCCCUUGUCAGUGUGGUGUCCCCAGACAGACCUAUCCCGCUUUUUAUUGAGAAGUGUGUCCGCUUCAUUGAGACUACAGGCCUGAAUACAGAGGGGUUGUACCGCGUGAGCGGCAACAAGUCAGAGAUGGAAAGCAUGCAGAGGCAGUUUGAACAGGACCAUGGAUUAGACCUAGUAGAGAAAGACUUCUCCAUAAACACUGUGGCUGGAGGCCUCAAAAGCUUCUUCUCUGAGCUGCCUGAGCCCCUGGUGCCUUGCGCUCUGCAGGUGGACCUAUUGGAUGCUUUCAAAAUCAAUGACAGAGAACAGAGGCUAUACACUAUGAAGGAUGUCCUGAGGAGGUUCCCCAGGGAGAAUUAUGAUGUCUUCAAAUAUGUACUGAGCCACUUACACAAGGUGAGCCAGCUGAACAGGCUGAACUUGAUGACCAGUGAAAACUUGUCCAUCUGUUUCUGGCCCACACUUAUGAGGCCAGACUUCACCACUAUGGACGCUCUGACUGCCACCCGCACCUACCAGACAAUCAUCGAGACCUUCAUCCACCAGUGUGCAUUCUUCUUCUACAACCAGCCCCUCCUGGACUCCCCCACCGGCCUGGCGGGUCUUCCUGCCUCGCCCACCACCACCCUCAGUGGGAGCUCUGCCUAUUCUUGUUACCGCUCCUCCCCUCCCCACACCACCACACACUUCAGCCCUCUGCAGCAGUCCCCACCCACCACCCCCCAGUCUCCUCUGCAGUCUCUGCUCCCGCCACUCCACCAGCAUCCCCACUCCCACCAUUCCCCAGCCGAACAAGAGACACUGUGAUAGAGGGUGAAACCAUGUGUGCCCAUGAUGAUGCUGGACCUUAUCACCAACACACACACACACACACACACACACACACACACACAAACACACACACACACACACACACACACACACACACACAAACACACACACACAUAAAUACACACACACGCAUGCAAACAUGCGUGCGCAACAAAAAAAACCGAAACAAAACGUGCACUUGCACACUAUAUUUCUGAUCAUGGACAACCUAGAUUAUGAAAAGAAGAAAUGGGAAGUGUCUUGAGAAACCUCCCUGACCUGCCAUUUGUAUCCAUAUUUGUGUGAAUAAGGGCAGGCUACCAUUAUCAGUGACUCUUCCUCUGCCCUCUGUACCACUGACUGUUGAAUCUGCUUUCAGCUCAGAACAUGAGGACAGAGGUUGCCGUCACAGCAAGCCUCGCCUCUGUCACUUCUGUCAAAACCACCACUUAUCCGACACUACCAAGAAAAAAAGGAACCUUGAUGUCAAGGUGGAAGAAAUGUUUUGUGGCCACCAUGUUUUUUUUUUAUCAGCGUCAAACUGUUUUAGUUCUUUUUCUCAUGAAAGUACUGCCACUGGAUUUUUACUGUUCCUCUGUAGGUCCUUUGGGCAGCAGGUUGCUCUUGUCUGCCUGCAGGGCUUCUCUCAUUGGCUCUACUUGAGGGGUCAGCAUGGGGAGGGAAGGGAAGAAGGGAGGGUGGGGGGGGGGGGGUACACAUCCAGGGAUGCACUUUAAUGAUCACUGUUGUUUUUCCCUCUGAAGGGUUUUUUUUUUUUGUUGACAUUCUGUUUUCUUGUGUGUUUUUAAUUUCACAGCUCAAACAGCCAUACCCAUUGCCUCUACAGAGCAACUUUGUUUACAUCAAACCUUUUUUUUUUAUCCGCAAACUUAUCUGAAGCACUUUUUGAUAGUGUAGUGUUAAAUUAGAGGAAACGCCACAUUGAUUACUUGUCCAUAAUGUUUGUUUAGUGGUUGAGUGUGGCAACAUGUGCAGGCUUGUGAAACGAGAUCCUUUUGUAAAAACUUGCGUUGUUUAAGUUGAUCCAGAGGUCCCAUAGGUUGAUGGGAAAUCUGAAUCCACUGACAUUCCUCAUUCAUCCAGCCAUGUGAAAAUAGUUUCUUUUAGGAUUUGUCCUCUCUCUAGCUGUUGGUUGAUCAGAGGCGAUGUUUAGGGAAGUUUGCAUUAUUUAGACCAUUAUGAUAUCAGAGGACUUUGCCUGCCACCAGUCAAGUGAAGGAAAAAAAAAAUGCCAUUUUUGAAUGUGUAACCUUGUCAUACCAUAACACACUCUACAUUGCCAUCUUGUGUCCAUGGAAACCAAAUGCUUGAAACAUGAUAGGUUGCUGGAUGUGUUGCUGUGGCUAUCUAUCAAACCAAGCUCUUUGUAUUCAUCCAAUAUUAAGGACCUUUAACUUAGAAGGUUUAGUAUCCUCAACACACUGUUACUGCUAGUUCUGCUUUACAAUACGAAGACCAGUAGAAGUUUAAUGUCUGUGAAUGGGGCACAUUCAGGAAGCACCUACGGCCGUUUACCUGCUCUUGUGAAUACGUUUUGUGCUAGCUCAUUGUCCUCCUUUUUCAUGGAAAAAAAAGCUGCACAUUUUCAAUGGUAGCACUGCUAAUGGUGACCCUACCAUUUUAAACAUUAAACCUGAGAGGAACUACUGUCUUUUCAGUGGGGAGUGGAAACCAGUUGACCGCCAGACGCAGGUUCUGGAUGAUUGGGGCUCUGUUACAGUUCUUGGGUGCAACAUAGACCGGAAUAGUACGGUUGUUGUAGUAGUUAAUGGGACCAUCAAUUACAGGUACUUUUGGAAUUGCAACACUGUUGGAAGUCAGUCAUUUUAAGUGUUCAUAAGAUUAAACUGAGGGCUCUUCUCAACAAGCUCAGAGCGAGAAGCUGUAACAUUAGGACUGGCACAGAACGAGUCUCACUAUAUCACGAUUCCUGGGAGAAGAUAUUCUUGCUGCGACACUUCACUUUUGACGCAACCUUGGCAAAACCGCUGUUCAAUGAGCAAAAAGUGGGUGCAUACUACUCUAUAAUGGUUGUUUAUUUGUAUGUUGGGGAACACAACCCUUUAGUCAAUGGUAGAAAACAUUUCUAGUGUGUAUUUCAAUGAUUGAAAGUCCAUUUUUACAAUUUUUGUGAAUGGUUCAAGGCCACUUACGGUAAGUUUAGUGCAUGAUUUAAAAAAAAAACACACCAAGGAAGAUGGAUGAAAGCCUCUUCCUAUUUAAAACAUGAAAUUAGUACCAGAAAACAAACGAAUUGCUAAAGUGAAAUAGCUGAAACGUGAAAGUUUAUGUACUGUGCACCAAGAGCAAACCAUGGAAUUUGUCUGACUGAGAAAAGUGUUUGAAGAUGAAGGCCUUAUGUGAACUGUAUAAUAGUUAAUAAAUUAAAUCUUGUAAAAUUGA